UACAAAUGGAGUCAUAUGUUGCACAUUCAAAUGAAGCUGUUAAUGAACAUCACCAGCAAGUUUUGGACAAUUUUAGUCCUUGACUGGAUCAAUAUAAAGUAAAAUUCGGACUUGAAGUAAAUCAAAGAAUGUUCGAAGACCGGGUGCAAUGGGAUUUACUUUCGGGUGAAGGCCAGAAACUACUAACCUCUUGGGACCCAAAAUAUCAGGAGCUGAAGGAAAUGGUUCUUCAGGAUCGUCACCAACCUAGAUUAAUACCCCAAUUCUCGGUGAAUAGUAACAUAAAUUUGCUUACUCAGAUGCAAAUAAACCUACAUUGCUCUUCGAGAAAUAAAAAUAAUAUGAGGAAAAAUUGAGUUGUUACCAAGCCUUUUGAGGAAGAUUUUGACAAAGAGAUUUCUCAUUCAUCAUUGCUGUCCAGGGACCAACGAUUUUAUCUAGUGAAUGCAAUUUUUUGUAACACAGCCGAAGUUGAUGGUUAUUUAUCACGACCAGCCCACAACCAAGGCGAGAGUUUCAAGAACUGAAGUUUGCUGGAAAUCCACUCUAAUCUGUUCAGCCUGGUGAAGUUUUUCUGCAAAGUGGAUAAAGAAGUACUUGAAGCAUGAGCCAAUAAUUGAGAAUCCCAACAACUUCUGUAUGAAUAUACAAUCCGAUGGAAUGCUUUUGUAGACUUUAUCUGGAAGUUUGCAUCCAGUCUCCAUGACUACGAAAUCUGAAUGAACCAGAUGUUCGAGACCAUUGAUAAUGAAGAAGAGAAAAAUUCCAAUACUCUUGGAGCCAAGCUUGGAGACUCUCAAGAACCCCCCAAGUUCAGAAUUUAUAGGAUGUUUACCACCAUUUGGAAUUAUGUAGUUUUGGACACUAACUUGGCUUCAAAACUUGAAAAUGCAGUCUCUAAGCAGCUCUUGCUUGUUCAAGAGAAUAUCAUAAGCCAUCAACUAGAUGACGGCCCUCUUGGAGAUGUAGAGGACAUUAAGAUCAUCAUCAAGAACUUCAUGUUAUGCGUGCUCGAUAUCAGUUUGAAUGAAAAUUCGAUUCAUUAUCUCUUACAUAGUCACGUUGUGCUGGACCAUACAUACGAAAUUUUCGAGGAUCUCAUCCUCAGACAAGCCUGGGUCUUCAUCAAAUCUAUAUGCGAGAAGAUCUACAACAAGCACAGGAUCAGUAGCUUACUAGUAGUCUUGUCAUAUUACUCAGGGAUUCUCAAUGAGUUCGGACCAAUGAGAUUUAGGAGGAAGCUGGAAAGGAAAAAGACAGUUAUCGUCUCAAAGUUCCUUCGAUACAUCAUCAAGAACAGACUCAAAGUGUUCAAGAGGUACUGCUUUCAAGAGAAGGAAGGUAAGCGCAAGAAGUUCCUUGGCCUUUUACAAAAAUACUAUGAGAAAUACAACAUCAAGAUAGAAGAUUUCUUUCAGAAGGACUCCAUCUUUACAAAAUAUUGCAUGAAAAUUUUUGAGAGAAAUUGAAACCUGAAAUCUAAGGAAACUAAAGACAAGCUGAGAAUCUUCUGGAAGUCAUUUCUUGACGUCCCAAAGAUGCACAAAAGUAUUGGCAUCUCACAGAGAAAGUCCUCUCUUGAGAGGGAAAGCUCCUUGUAUAUCACAGUCAACGAGGACGCCUUCAAAAUGCUCACUAAUAUCAAGGCCAGCGAUGAGAAAUGUGAGGAAUUCAAUCACAAGAAAGGAAUCGAAAGAAUUCUGAACAGAGUUUUGAAUCGUGAAUUUUCUCUGGCAGAUCCACUGCAAAGAAAAUAUCAGUUAUUUGUUCAGAAAUUCUCCAGUAUGGAACAGUUAAAGAUGACACAGAUUCCUGAAGAAAAUGAAGAGGAAAAGAAAAAUGAUAGCAUCAACGAAAUUGACCAAAGUUACGAUAAACUGGAAGAUUUAUCCUCCUUGAACGAAAAUGACCCAAAAGAAAUAGUCAAUAAGUCUGCUGAUGAGAAAUUUGCACCUUAUGGUCAAACUCUCAAUGAUAAGUCUAUUGAACUCCCGGAAAGGAGAUCAUUUUUCCAACUUUUUGUGAAUGAAUCUACUCUGAAGCCUAAAUCAGAUGUGAACGAUACAAGCUUUGCUGAUAGAAAAACGAGGAUUACUGGGACUAGCCCCUCUAGUUUUUCUUCUCCCCUGAACACCAGUGACAUUAGCAACAAUGCCAAGAGCUCAAAGAUUUUCAGUUCAAACGAGACGAGAAAAGGUAGUAUUAUAAAGCUUAUGAAGAAAGCUAAACCUGCUGGAUCUCAAUUCUUCAAUGAAAAGAGGUUCAGACGGUACACAGAGAGCAAAGAUUUUAAGAAGAACCCAGAGCGCUUACAGAGAAACACGGUGUACCUCCCAUCUACAUCAUCUGGGUUUUCACAAUUAUUCCAUGGCCGUAAGCAAUAAUUCGUGAAUUCCCUAUGUUUCCCGAAUUAAUAUGGAAAUGCU